UUUUUAGGUUGUGUUCAGUGUUUUGGUUGGGUGUUUUCGAAAUCUCGCCAUGCUUUAGUAUUUACUUAUGGUUUAUUUACAAUAUUGAGUGGUGUAAUGCAAAGUUUAUGAAAAUGUCUAAAAAGAAGCUCUUUGAUGAAGAGUCGGAGGAUGAAGUGGCAAUCAAAACCGAGAAUGAGUACGCCAAAAAGUACGAUGCCUGGCGUGAGAAAGAAGAGUUGCAUAAAUUGGAGCAAAAAUAUGGUUCAAAACCACUGAACUUGGAUGCCUCUUCUUCAUCUGAUAGUGAGGAUGAGAGUGAUGAACCAGUGGAGGUCACUGAAGAAGUUGAGAAGCAGUUCCUGAAGACACUAGCACUUUUGAAGACCAAGGACCCGAGGAUAUAUGACCCUAACUACAAAUUCUUUGAUGAAAAACUUGAAAAGGAGAAAGAGAAGGAACCAGAGACAAAGAAGUUGACUUUUGGUGACAGUGAUGAUGAUGAAGAUGAUGAUCCAAAUAUAUUCAGCAUCGAAAAGAAGGCUGAGAUUGACCAUUCAGAUGAUGACAAAAAUACAAAUAGUGGCAAAUCCUUUAAGGAAGAUAAACUCAAAGACUACCUGACUGGGAAAGUAGAACAUGUUGACCAAGAAUUAGAGAGUGACCUGGCACCUCUGAGGGCACUGUGGUCGGACCCCAAAAUUAAUGAUGGAGAGGCCUUCCUUAGAGACUAUAUUUUAAAUAAAAAGUAUCUAGAAGAGGGAGAUGCCGGGGAAGCUGAAGACAAGAUCCGGGACGACGCAGACUUAGAGGAGGACGAGAAGCAAGUAGAGGAGCAGGGCAAGUUUGAGCGGGCCUACAACUUCCGAUUCGAAGAGCCUGAUGAAGAGUAUUUAAAACGUUUCCCGCGCACGAUGAACUACAUCCGCCCCAAAGACGACCGGCGCUCGCGCAAGCGCGCCGAGCUGCGCGACCGGAAGGAAGACGAGAAGAAGCAGAAGAUGGAGGAGAUCGCCCGGAUGAAGGCGCUCAAACUGAAGGAGAUCCAGCAGAAGAUAGCCAAGAUCAAAGAGGUCACCGGCAACCAGGAGCUGGCGUUUCAGGAAGAAGAUAUAGAAGGUGACUUUGAUCCAGAAGAGCACGACAGGAGAAUGAAAGCCUUGUUUGAUGAGCAGUACUAUGGAGAAACAGAUGACCAAAAACCAGUGUUCCCAGAUUUAGACGAGGAACUAGAAAUUGAAAAUUGGGAUAAUUAUGAACAUACUGAAGAAACCCAAAAUGUUGAUGACGAAGGCCCACAUUGCGAAGAUGACAAUUUUAAUAUGGACGCAGACUACGAUCCGAAACAAGCAAAACUGGACCUAAUGGAAGAAUUAAAACGUAACAUGGGCACGAAGCGUAGAAACAGGAAACGAAAGUCCAAGUUGGCCCAACUACUAACUGAAGAGAAGCCCAAGUUUGUACCGGAUUUAGAUAAGAAAUAUUCCGAGUUCAUGGAGGAAUACUAUAAGAUGGAUUGCGAAGAUGUAAUUGGGGGCGAUCUUCCCACGAGGUUCAAGUAUCGGGAGGUUGUCCCCAAUACUUUUGGUCUCACUAUUGAAGAGAUCCUUCUAGCAGACGACAAAGAGCUAACACAAUGGGUGCCUUUAAAAAAGAUCGUCAAGUAUCGACCCGAAAACGUAGAGAAAGGCGAAGUGAAGACGUACUCGCAGAAAGCGGCAGAUGAGAGGCUAAAGAAGAAGAUACUGCCCAGUCUUUUUAAGGAUUUGCCAGAACAACCAGAAAUAGUAGUGCCACCUGAAGAAAUAAACAAAAAGAGGAAGAAGAAAAAGAAAAAGAAAAAUAAAGAGCAAGACAAAGAAGAAUAUACUAGCAUUGUUGACGAGGGUGGCACAGCAUACAAAAAGGUUCAGGAAAAUACAGUAAAUAAUGAUGUCGAACAAAUGUCAAAGAAAAAGAGUAAAAAAAAACAUAAUAAUAAUAACAUAGAAGACAAUAAUAAUAUGGAAACGAUGGAAAUUUCAACAAAUGAUAAAAAUGCAACAGAAGUAGAACUAGAAAAACCUAAGAAAAAGAAGAAACGAAAACGAGAAAUUAACUCGGAAAGUAACUUAAAUGAAGUAGACAACAGUGUAAUGGAGGUAUCACAGGUGGAAAACGUUACAAAUAAUGAAAGUAAACUUAAAAAGAAAGAAGCAACAAAUAGUGAAGUUAACAAUUCUAAAGAUUUGAAUAACGAAAAUAAUAAAGUACUAAGACAACAUAAAAAACAGCAAUCUGAAGAUAAUAUAAUACGCAGAGAAUCUAUAAAUAGUGAAUCUAUCAACACUUCAGGAUUAAAAAUUGAUAGUAAUAAAGUAUGUAGGGAAAAUAAAAACCCUAAAAAAUCUUUCAUUAUAGAAACAGUAGCCAAUGCAGGACCUACUAAAAUCACAGAAGAAAAAAUUAAUGAUCAAAAAGGAAGUAAAAAGAAAAAUAAAUAUGAAAAUUCUUUUGUUGUUGAAACUAUAAAUGCAAAGAGUAAAAAUAUUAGUGAGAUAAAAGUCGAAGUCGAAAAGAACAAUAGUUUAAAACGGAAAUCAGAAACACUUGUUGGUAUCAGUAUACCCAAAAAGAAACAAAAGAAAAACAAAAAUAAGCAAGAAUUGCAAAUUAAUACUAAUAAAAAAGAUAAUAAAAAUAAGUUCAAGAGAAAAAAUAAGAUGUCCAAUUCCAAUGAAACGUCAGAUAAUCCUCUGAGUAAUUUAUCUGAUGAAAGACUUAAAGCAUAUGGAUUAAAUCCGAAAAAGUAUAGAAGUUUCUUAAAAUAUAAGAAAUUUUAAAUAUAAUAUAAUAUUGCGGAUAUCCGGUCUAAAGAAGAUAAAUUACGAGAUCUUUAUUACAUAGUGGUGCUAGUUCUGUUGUACAGAAAUCUGUAAACUAAAAUAACAUACAGUGUGGCGAUUUCUGGGCGAUAUGGUGUAAAAGUGGCAGCAUACUUUUAGAGCUGUCAAUUUAGUUUAGUUCAGAGAAUUACUAAUUCUUAGUACGAUUUAUGUUGAUUUUUUCAAGGAAUUAUUGUUAAUGUUCAAAUAAAUCGUUAUUAAAUAUAUUUUUUGCUAGUAAAUUAAAAAUUUGAGUU